CAAAGCAAACUGUCAUUUCAUUAUCAUCUAAAUUUAUUUAACGGUCAAAACAUUUUGUUUGAAAAUAAUUGUACACCAAUUUAACGUUUAUUAUUGUGAAAGAAAAAAUCACGUAUUUAGAAUAUUUACAAGACAAUGAGUGCAAACUGCACGAUCAUAGCCGACGUUCGGUCUCUCUCGGAAGAGGAACUGGCGGAACAAUACCGGCGGUUGGCGGAUAUGUACCGUGCACUGAAACGAAGCCACGAAGAUGAACUGCAGGCCAGCUAUGAGCUGCGGAGGAACUAUCAGACUGCAUCGGAAUCGGUUACCUACAUGUCGGCCGAACUGGAAUCGAUUGACUCUGUCCACAAGGAGGAAUUGUCCAAGCUUAAAGAUAAAUAUAUACAGACGCUAACAACCCUCAAGGAAUCCAACGUUGACCUUAAGCAACAGAACGUUUCAAUCGAGGGAACUGUUGAAGAGCUGCAGAAACAGCUGGAGCAGCUGCGCGAACAGAUGGAAGAACAAGAAUUGACGAAAAAUCGACCGGAAAUCGCUACUGGCAAUGUGACAUCAUCGGAAAAAGAAGUUGCUCUCGAGCAGGAAAAUGAAGAACUCCGAACAAUGGUUACGGAUCAGCAGGAGAGAAUCGGUUCCAUGAUGGCGCAGCUAAUGAAUGCGGAAAGUAAAUUGGAAGCUAUGAAGGAGGAGCAGGAAUGCCUGGAAGACAACCUCGAAUCGAAAAAGCAAGAAUUAGACGAGAUGCGAACGACUUUGGAAGCCACUCAAGACGAGAAUAUGAGACUUAAUUCCCUGCUAGCGUCCCUCCAGUCCGCUCCGGAGGACACCAACCGUAAGGGAAACUCGCUUUUUGCGGAAGUCCACGACCAGCGCCAGCAGCUCAUUGAUGUGUUGGAGUCUCAGCGAGUGCGCUAUAAUGAGAUGAAAAAGCUGUACACCGAAAGUAGUGUCCAUAUCCGGCGUUUGAAGCGAGAGAAUCGAGAGAUGUGCGAUGAAAUUAAAGCAUGUAGCGAAAUGUUUUUGAAGGCUGACGAACAUUUUCGGGAUGAGACCAGUAAAGAGCUCAGUUCAAUGAGAGAGGAAAAUCAGAGACUGCGAGAUCAACUGGCAUCUGCCGAAAAAAGACUGCUGGAGAAUGUUAAAGACACACGCUGGGUGGAUCCGUUUGUGUGUUUCUAUAAGAAUGAAAGCGCCACUUUCAAGGCUCAGAUCAUCCGAUUGGAAAUGGCUAAGCGACUCACAGACGAGGUUUGCUGGGAUGCUCAACGUGAUCUAGCAAAGUGGCGCUUUGAGGCACUGAAAUCUCGAUACAUCAUAGCAAAUCGUGAAUCGUUGCUGGAGGAGAAUAAUAUUCCUUUCGCUCAGAUGACAAUCAAUGAAUCCAUAGCCCACAUUGACGAAGUGGCGCUAAAUAGUGCAAAACCUAACGUUACUUGCAGCAUGGGUACCGCAGCGACCAAAACGGAUGUCUGGAAUUUGGAUUUGUUAGCAGAUCUGAAUAUAAAUCACACUCCUGUGAUCGUGAGCUGCGUGAAACAAACAACUCUGCUGCUUCCCCCUCCGAAUGGCCCGCCUUCAGUGCUGCGAAGAGCGGCGAAAGAGGAAGUUCUGACGCCUCUUGCGACUCCACUGGUGACGCCAAUUCAAUCGCCUAAAUCGGUGAAAAAGGAUGAACUGUCGAUAACCGAAGAGAAGAAGGCGGGUCCUCUGAAUUACAGAGAUAUUGUAUAUAUUCCAAGGAACGCACCUCUUACUGAAAGCUUGAAGAAAAAGGAGUAUAUUGCAAUGGUUGAGAGAAUAACGAAGAAAGAGGAGAACGAGACCGAUGACAAGGAAAAUGUUCCUCGACAAAAUACAGAUGUCAAGCAGAUGUCCCAAACCAAAACGUCCGGAUGGGUUUCGGAGAAGCGCACCAAAAAUAAUGUUUUAAUUCGAAGAUUCAAGCUGCCAGAUAAGAAACUUGAUAGCGGAGCCCAGUAGCAUUGAUGAUCAGUAUUUCCUUUUCAAGACUAGUUUUAUUUCAAGAGAUAUUUUUGACUUGUUCAUAUAUAUUUUAUUCAAUAUCAACUUUUAUGCAUACUGUUCAAUUCGUGUUCUUUCACGAAGUGUUCCAUUCCAAAAACUGCGAAUUUUAUCUAUCCGAAUUCAAAGGAUUUGUGGGCUAUCGAUUCAAAGGAUUUGUGGGCUAGCGGGUUCGUGGCUUAGUAUACUAAUCGGCGUAGGCCAAGGACUCCCUAUCCGCGUUAACGACAUUGAGCUUCGUGUUACGAAAUGGGGGAGUAAGCAUGACAAUAUGAGUUUGCAGAAGAAAUGACUCACUUUUAAAA